AUGAAUGGUUACAGGGAUCUCAGCGCUGGCUCGCAAUACAUGUACGAUAUGACGAAUGGUCUGGAAGAUGAUUCAUUCGAAGGUGUGCAGCCUAGAUGGCCGCACCUGCAAAAUCAACAGCUGCAGUUUCAUGGCUACAACCAGGGCUCUACAGGUGGUCAUGGUCAGCACAAUGGCCAUUGGUCGAACACAGAUAUCCCAUCCCGGUCUUUUCCUCACGCACAACAUCUCUCCGUCUCAAGUUUCUCUUCAGCAGGUUCAAGCUUACGAUCGUCACAAACAAGCGCAUUCUCAGACCUCUCCUUCCGAGAUUCAGUAUCGUCAUCCUCCUCAUGGUCCCGCACAUCUGGCAUGGGUCGGGACCAACAUGUCCUACAGACCGAGUAUGCCCUAAGUCACGGUCCAUCAGCCUCGUCCUCUUAUUUCUCGAGCCCCAUAGAAGAAACCAGUUCCAUCACAUCAAAGCGGCGACCAUCCCGGAAGCCCCUCGUGCAAGAAAAAGACUACUUCAAAACCUGCGUCUCGGCGCACAAACAAUCCCGAACCUGCACCAAAUCACACAAGUACUUCUGCACAAGCUGCAAGAAACCCUUCGUCGAAAAAGCAGACUGGAAGCGCCAUGAAGAAACCUACCAAGAGCGCCCCGAGAUGUUUGAAUGCGAUCUCUGUCCCGCAAUCUACUUUCUGGACAAAGACUUUACAGCACACCACGUGCAAUCGCACCGCUGCGCCCCCUGCAGCGGGACCACGAAAUGGAACAAGAAAACGCACAUGCUCUCCGCACGCAAAGAACGCAUGACGCGAACGGGCUGGGGCUGCGGCUUCUGCUGCCACUUCAGCUCCGACUGGACCGAACGCUGCAACCACCUCGCGCACCACAUGGAGAAGCAAGGCCUCACCGAGUCCGACUGGAUCCACAGCAACGUCAUCCACUCCCUCCUGCAGCGCCCCGUCAUCUCCUACGAGUGGAGGCGCAUAGUCCAAGGCAUGCAACUACACACUGUGCUUUGCUCGUGGAACCAGCAUUCAACCGGGCGCGUAGAGGGCUACCCGGAGAGCAACCCCGUACCCCAGUUGCAAGACUAUCUUGAGUAUUUUACCCCCGAUCAGGAUCCCGUUGCGCUGGCGCAGCUCGCGUAUAGGAAGAUGAUUAGGCAUUCGGAAGCACCCCCGAGGAUGGCUGCGCCCUUACCGCCGCUGCCGCAAGAGCAGCAACAGCAGGUACCUGCGCGAGAGCGACGCGGACAGACGCUGGAGGAUCUGAAGCGCGACACGGAGCAGUGGACCCCCUUUAUUAAUUCAGUUAUUGCAGACGAUGUUUUGCCCCAGAGUAUGUACCACCAGGGUAGUUGGUACGAUGAUGACUUGCUUUAA